GUUUUGUGCUUAUUUAAUGCCAGGUAUCGUCGACGAUGUCGUCGAUUCCACCUAAACCACCGGACCCAUGUGCUCGCGUGCAGGAUAGUGACUGUUCUGGCCAGGAAGUAGAGAUGGCUGAUAUGCCGCCUCCAAGCCGUAAACGCCGAGACGAUUUAGACACUAAUAUUGAUAUCCCCAAAAAAACUAAAAAUUCUCCAUCUGACUCACUGCAAAACAUUUGGGUUCAUGAAAGCUUCGCCGACUCGAAAAAAUACACUGAUAAUGACGACGGUCCCUUCAUUGUCCAUGUAUCUCGUCAGGAAACUCACCCCAAAGCAGAUUCUUUGAGCUGUCUUUAUGCAAUCGACUCAAACCAAUUUACCUCCAUUUCUAAAUCACCUUUAAUCUUACAAGUCAGAGAAAUCUUAUAUGAUUGCCACAUUAAUAACAUUGAAGUAGUCAUUGCCUGGAUACCAAGCCAUACGGGAAUCAGAGGUAAUGAAGUAGUUGAUUCAUUUGCUAGGGAAGCAAUAACGUCCGGAUGUGCCGAUCAUUAUCAGUUUUACGCGCUUGAUCUCGCGUGUAUGGCGAAAGUAGAUUUAAAUAAAGCUUGGCAAAAAAGUUGGGAUCGUUCCAAGCAAGUAAAAGGGCGGUACUACGGAGAUAUCCAACCUGAAAUUCCCUCAAAACCAUGGUUUUUCCGUUAUCGCUCGGCGGACAAACAAACCACAUCGGUUAUAUGCCGGCUCCGUAUCGGCCACGCGUGCACCCCACUAAAUUUAUUUAAACUGAAGAUACGAAAUUCUCCCAUGUGUGACUGCGGAACUGAAGAAGGCUCCACAGAUCACAUUUUCUUCAACUGCCCCUUACAACCUAUUUCUUUGUAUGAUAUCCUGCCAUCGAAAAUUCCCAGGCCCAUCAAUAUGAAAUCCCUGCUUUUAUUCACUAACACGCCUUUCAUUAGACUAUUUUGUAAAUAUAUUCAUAGAUGUGACAUUAAAUUAUAAUUAUCUGUUAUACUGACCAAAUAUUAAAU